UAAAUUACCUUUAACUAAAAUAAUAAAAUAGAACUAAAGUAGGCAGUAGAAGAUAUAACAGUCUGUACGUUUACAAAGAUACUUUUAAUGAAAACGCAGUUGGUAAAUGACAUCUAGACGAAAGGACAAGUCGAUAUCUAGGUAUCUCGCUUCGUAAACAUGCUUCUAAUGUCAAACUGUCAUUAUCAGUGAUAACCAGUCUGUGGUGAUAACGAUUGCAAACUGAUUUAGCCAAGUUUGAAUUAGUAAUUUUAACAAGAACCACUUGAGUUCAUGGUUUCAACUGCCGUGGACCAACGUCCAAGGCCAUUUUUCAGUAUAUACUGAGAUACUAAAUCACAACAAUGACGAGUAGCUCCUGGGAGGAGUUCUUCGCGGUGCACCUGCCCCCUACAGACUUCGAGGACAACCGCUCCUUGCUGAAGGAGUUCUGUGAACGCCAUGACCAGUACGGGAAUAAGAUCGUUCUUGUCACUUCAGGUGGCACUACAGUACCCUUGGAGCACAACACAGUGCGGUUCGUGGACAACUUCAGUGCGGGCACUCGGGGCUCCGCGUCCGCUGAGUAUUUCUUGGAACAGGGGUACGCGGUCAUCUUCAUGCACCGCCAGAAGUCGCUGGAGCCCUUCACGAGGCACUUUAGCGGACAGAAACUGCUCGACAUGCUGGAUAUACAGGAGAGAGGGCCUAACACCACCAUCACAGUGAAACCAGACAGCGUAGAUGUGUUAGCGCCAGUCCUGCUGCGAUACAAAGCAGCCCACGCUGCCGGCGCCAUCUUGUACGUUUCCUUCACCACAGUAUCGGAGUACUUCUGGUUACUGCGCGCCGCGUGCGAAUGCCUAGCUAACCUGGGACCACGGGCGGUGUUAUACCUCGCCGCUGCGGUGUCAGACUUUUAUAUACCGAAGGAUAAAGUGCCAACCCACAAAAUGCAGUCGGGCAGUGGUGCACCGGUGAUCCAACUACACUUAGUGCCCAAGAUGCUGGCUCCCCUCGUCAACCUGUGGGUCCCGGAGGCUUAUGUGGUGUCCUUCAAACUGGAGACGGACGAGAAUUUACUUAUACCAAAAGCAAGAGCGGCUUUAGACAAGUACAAACAUAAGAUGGUGGUAGCGAAUUUGUUGCAAACGCGGCACCACAGAGUGAUCCUGGUCUCGCCCGAGGCUAGUCAGGAGAUUGUGCUUACCAGAGAAGAAGUCCACGCAGGUGUAGACAUUGAAAGCGCGAUAGUUGGUGAGAUAGUCCGCCUGCACGCGCACCACGCAGACGCCGCGCCUGCGCCCGCGCCGCGCUGACGACCGCGCGCGCGCCGCCGUCUGUACCUCACGCCGCACUAGCUGACGCACAACGUAUCGUACCAUACCCGCGCCACUAUACCUAUAGUUUACGCAAUAUAAUACAGGCACACUGUACACGC